CUUCAGUGAGGCGGUGCCGAAUGAGGGCGAAGGAGCCGAUAGAAACACACCCGAGCACUGGACAGUGGUGUUAAGGUCGAUAGUGUAUUCAUAACUCGGGAUUAUCGGGUGAUUUGUUGGUAACACCAAGUCAUCAAGAUGGCGGGUGUGUUAGGUGCAGCGUCCAUCCCUUUCAUUGGCUGUGUGGCCCUACUGCUUGCAGUCAUUCUGCACAUCCUGUCGUUUGCCUCGCCCUAUUGGGCAGAUGACGCGGACGGGGACUUUGGUCUGUGGAGGCGAGCUGUGUGCAAGGAUUCGACCAACCAGCUCACGGGGGUACGAGGCUGUUAUAAGUACAACCACCCGUGGUAUGUUGACGAUUGGCUGGACGCUACCCGUGGCCUAGAAUCACUGACCAUCAUCUUCUGGGCCAUACCACUGGUCAUCUUACCUGUGUACAUCUAUGUGGCUCUGGGACUUUACUACCGCUGCCUGCUGGGGACCAUGACGGUUCUCACAUUCCUAGGAGCCGUUUGCAACAUUAUCGGUGUCAUCAUCUUCGGCAUCAAAGUAGGCGAGACAUCAGAGUUUGGAGUGGGAUGGUGUCUUAUCGUCUGUGCAGUUGCAGCCGCUUUCGGCAUUGCUGCUUUCUUCGUCUUCCUCAUUGCCACUUGCAACCGACCUAAAUUUGCCCCUGAGCGCCAUUUUGUAUCCGGUUUCUACGUUGAUCCGGAUCGGAAUCGUAUGUAUGUUGUAGAGAAUGUGGAACCGAUCAAAGAACCGAUUGUGGAUGACGUGGUUCAUGUCAGUCAUGUGAAUCCUGCCUUGUCUGAUGACUGAGAAUAUCGACCUACCAAGAAAUAGAACGUUGAUAGCUAUGACAAUGUGUAUGAGUGGGUCAAGGUGCCUGCAGUAGAAAGUACACUGGUUUCUUCACCCAGUGAAAUGACCAAGGCACAGCAACUCUACUUGAAACUUGCUACCCUUUAUUGUAUUUGUUUUGUUUGUGGUUCCCUCCUCUAUUAUUGUCAAAUCCUAUUAAAAAAUGAUUGGUUGAAGUUGCCAAACAUGUAAAAAUUUCAGGUACGGUAUCUGGCAAUCAGAAAUGGGUUUUUCGGUCAAAGAGGUUUUUCUCUAUAUUAUUUUCUUUGAAGUCAGAUAAUAGAGUUAAUGUAGUUAUCAAUGAUGUUUCAUUAUAAGGAGCGCAUGAGCCAUGGUUUUCGAAGAAACUAAAGCACGUUUUGUUGAGUAUGAAAAAAUGUUCAUUAUUCUCUCGCUUUAAAUAAACGGCAUACACAUAUUAUUACGAUGAGUGAGUAAGAACACCAUUUAGUAAAUUCAGCUUUAAUUUGUAGAUAGCCCACAAAAUAACAGAUCUAUUCCUAAAUAUUUCUCUGCAGUAAUAUCUAGGCUACAGAUUCAAGAAAGCUUUAAAAAUGCUUGGUUUGUGCUAGGUCAAAGGACGUUCUCCUUUCCACACUUUACAAUACAAUUAAUUUGUUCCAACUUUGCCAACAUUUUUGGAGCAGGGUGAAACUUUUGGCCUAUCAUAGUAGAAGUUUUUGUUCAGUGAAUUCUUCAAGGUGCUGGAGUCAUUUCCUGCUAUUUGUCCGACACUAAUCACUUAUCGCAUUGUUUUUGUUUAUGAAAGCCAUUUCAUUUGAAUGUUUGAAUGGUAAAACAACCAAUUACAUACUGUGUGGAUGCUAUCCCCCCUCCCCCCAACCUAUCCACCCUCCCCAACCCAACCCAUCUCUUACCCACCCCAACGACCUACCCUCACACCCACUCAACUCCCACCUCUAUGAACGUUUCUAUCUACGUUUGAGCGUACUUCAUUAAUGUCAUUGUAAUUCUAUUGUCUCUUUACAAUGUUGUAGUUUUUGCUGUGAGAAACGUUUCUAGCGGGAACAAUUGGGAUCAAGUUGCCAGUGUACUCUUCAGUGAUUUACAUGAGCUUAUAAAAUCUUACUUGCCUUUCGGUACACUUUUCAGUCAAUGUUUCUAUGUAUAUUACCAAACGUUAAUUUAAGUGCCAAAUUGAAUGCUGUAUGUCCAUUUUCGAAGAGGAGAAACUAAGGCAAUUUCUAUCUAUGCACUGAUUCCCUCUUCUCUCUCGAGCUGUACAUCAUUUUUUUACACUUUAAGCUAACUACAACUUCAUAAAUUUGUACAGAUACUUUCUAGGCUAUAUAUAAGGGCUACAACCAAACUGAUUAUUUAUACCAGUUUGUAUCCCAAUUUAUUAAACUAUUCUUUUCUAUUGUUUCGAUCACACAGACUGUUCAUAUUUCAUGUGUUUUAUGUACCUCUGUGCAGUGUGCUGCAACUUUACUGCUCUGUAAUGAUUACGUAGCUCAAUAAAUUCUGACAACCAGUCAGUUAUCUCUCAA